UUGUUAUCAGCAAUAGACAAUUUACAGACCUAUAUCUUAAGGCAUAUCUUAAGGCAGUUUAUAUAUUGAAUUCUAUGCAUAUUAGAGCACGAUAGCAAUGUGUCAAAAACCAAUAUCACUUCCAAAAGUGAAAGUAAAAGUUUCACAAGAUUUUUUACUACUAUACUAGUUUUGUUUUAGAUAAAAAUACAUGGAGACUGUGAUAGCGUGUGUAUUAUUAAUAGUACUAAUGUUACAAAGCUGACACAAAACCACAGUUCAAACACCACAAACUGAGGUGAACAGUCAACAUAAGAGAAAAUAUGCAGGCUGGGUUGUGUUUACCAACAGACCUUUUCCUCCUACUAGCCUUGUAGAUCAUGGAAGAAUGUAAACUUCCAUUGUUACUUCCACAUGGAUUUUCAUUCCAUGAAUGGUAAAUCAUAACUGAUAACUCUUAAUAUUUUUUUCCACAGCUCUGAACACGUAGGGCAGGUUGUGAUGUGACAGAUAACAUAUUGACCAUUCUGCCACUGGGUACAUGUACAGUAGCUUAACAAAUGUUAGAACAGAGCUGCUUCACGUAUCAGACUGCAGUCCUGCAGUGUGUUAUUGCCAUGCUGCUAGUAAGCAGUGUGCUGUCACAAGUUCAGAAAGACUGGAUUGACCCUCAUGACAUGGAGAAAUUUGACAGCAGGAAGGUUGAACGGCAGUUUAGCAAGGAGGAAAGAGGUGAAGUGAAAGCACAACAGGUGCCCUGCCCUAAGAUCAUCAAUGAGUGUGAAAAUAAAUUGGUGAUCUGCAAAGAAGAAAAUGACAAAUUACAACUGGAAAGCCAGUCUUGUGUUAUCCAACCAGUGGAGAUGCCUUAUUUCAGACAGUUUGUGCAAGUCUUGAUCAACUAUAUGGAUCUCAAAAAAUUUCUGCCAGAUGAUGAGACGCUCCACUACCAGAUGCAUGUAAAGCUGACAGCAGCCCAGUUGAAACUUCUCAAGGCCUACGUCUUAAAGUCUGGAACUGUUCAAGAUGCCAGUUCUGUACUAGGGGAGAUGAUUCAAGAUGUGAAAAUAGUGUCACACACUGAAGAACCAUGGGUCACUAGGGAGGAGGUGUCUGCAUAUUUAGUGAUGGCAUUACAGGUGGUGUCUAUUGUAUUUCUUGCUGUUGGUAGUCUGAAGGUUUUCUAUACUCUCAGUGUGUCAGGGAUGAGGCUUAUGAUUCUUCUCAGCAUAUUCAUUAGUGUUCCCUGGAACUGGGUACAUUUAUACAAGGUUGCUGUGGCCAAAAGAAUGAGCGAAGCAAUGAAAGACAUUCCGGAAGCAUGUCGCCCAAGAGACCUCACCUGGCAGCACAACUUAUUUGAAUGGCUUAAAUCUUCUUUUACCUUUCAAGAUGAUGAAUGUGCUCUUUACCAUGAAAAUCUCUUAGUUGACCCACUGUGGGAGGUAACCCCCACUAAGGCUGUGGCUGUGACACUAACCAAGUUCUUCCUAGAACCAGUAGAGUAUAUAGCACAGGCUAUAAGCAAAUUUUUCCGUGGACUCCUACAUGAUUUGCCUGCUCAACUGUGGCCAGUGGUGCUGGGAAUAGUGGUACUGUUUCUCUUGGUGUUUAUGGUGCUGACUUUGAUCAUGAAGAACGGGUACAGGCUAGGAUUUCCAUUUGGACUCUUGAGACUGGAACCUACUGGGAUACCUGAUAGUGCUGCUGCACAGGCAUUAUGGAGGGAGCAGAAGCAAAUGAUAGAAGAUUUACAAUCUGCCUUGCAAAAACUACAACCAGCCAAUAUUAGAGCCAUAACAGUGAACAAAGAAACCAAAGAGAAAAUGGCUAUUGCUGCUUAUGAUCAAAAUACAACCAAAAAUACGACCAAAGGUAGUAUUGUCAGUCAGGAAGAGAAUCUAGAAAGUGAAUCUAGUUCUCCAGUGGAAACUGUUGGAAACAUAAAAGAGGCAGAUUCUUGACAGAAUGCAUAAUAAAAAUCUAAAAAAUUUGUCUUUGAUUUCAUGUCCAAUACUUGCCAGAUUUGCAGGACAAACAUAUCAUGCUCAAGAAAUAGUUUUGUAGGAAAAUUGCUAAAGAAUCAAAGUACCAUUAAAACACAGCAGGUAUUUGUGCUUUGUAAUAACACACAUUAUUAUUUUUUUAACUGGAAUAAUUUAUAUGUAACAGACUGAGACAGAUGCACUUCUUCAUGAUGACAUAAUUUUGCAAUAUGUCUAAGUAUUAUCUCAACAGCAUGCACUGGUGGUUACGUAAAUGUUGAAUCUAAGUUGAAGUGCAGACGUUUAUAAAAUCCUUUUCAACACUGAAAUUAGUAUGAGUUGAAAUACAAAAAACGAUUCUCAUCACAAGAGUCGGUGAAAGAAUGAUUAUUAUUAUUAUUAUUGUUACUAUUAUUAUUCCUAUUUUAAAAUAAAAAGAAUGUCUAUUCCAUAUUUACAUUAAAUCAUUGGACUGGCAAGGUUUAUGUAAAAAUACAAUACAUAAUAAUGACAAAUCAUGUGUGAAUGUGGAUUAACAGAAAUAAAAUACUUAUUUCCAACCAGCACAAAAUUAAGAAGACCUGCAGAUUUCUUGUAGUACGCGCAGGUCCUUCCUGUAUCUGGAUAUGUUCAACAAGAAACAGUUUAUGGACUUAAAUCAAAAACACAUAAACAUUGUGUAAAAUCUUACACUUUGUCUCUUUAACCUCCGAUAUGUUCAAUUAAAUUUCAUCACGGAAGAAUUGUAUUGAAGGGAGCACAUGCUGAAAAAUUCUCCAAGUAACAUAAUUUAAGUAGGUGUAGUAAUCGUGAUUGGUAUUUAACAUUUCUCCUUUAUGUCCAUUACAUCCUUUAUAAAUAAUGACAUGCAUAAAGACCUCAAAAAAGCAAUUCUUUGUUGUACUAGUUCAUGAACAUUAUAAGGAAUCCAAAUGAGAUUACAUGAAUGCAAUUCCUUUUAUCCAUUUCUCAUCUUACAGUGCUUACUGUGACAACACUAUUCACAUCUACAUUCGGGUAAACCAUUAGGGAUCAGUUUU